UCCAGCGAGCUUAACCAUCUCGACCUCUCUCCUCUCCUCUCCACCCCCACCACCACCACUCUCCCCGCCUCCGCCUCCGCCUCCGCCGCCGCCGCCGCCGUCCUCCUCUUCUCGCGGUCGCUGCGUCCUCGCCUCGGGGCUCGGCCCGUGCUGCCGCCGUUACGCGUGGGCUGAUUUCCUCCUCGCUUCCACGUACGCCAUCUAGGAAGAGGACGGUUGCGCGCGCGGCGGCGGCGCGGCGCGUGAUCUCCGCCGGGGGAGGAGGAGGAGGCGGGGGUUGAUGGGUUAGAUCUGGCGGUUUCCGGGCGGCGUGGAUCUGAAACCGUGGUGGAGGUGGUUUGGUUUCGGUUCGGGGAGGUCGCCAUCGUUGCUCCUCGUUUUGGCCUUGUGCCCAUUUGGAGUCAGCCAGCUCGUGUGCGGGGAGGAAGCCUCUCAUGUCCAAAAUAGGGGCAUGGGUGUCGGAUGCGGUAACUGCCCCCCUGUUGCUUCGCUUCCUUCCAGAUCUGAAACCCAUGUGAAUGCUGCUCCUGCUGCUACUUUGAGAUAGAGCAUUGCGUGUUCUUGGAUUGGUGGAUGAUGAGGUGAAAGUGAAGAGGGGGAGAGUGUGUUUCCUGUUUGUGAGAGAUUUUUUUCUCUGAAUAAACCUGGAGCCGUGGAGGAGGAAGCAGAUCCUAUCGUGUAGCUCCCGCGGCGGCGGCUGCGGUGGUGGUGGGGAAGAGGAAGAAGAAGGCGGUGGCGGCGGCGGAGCCAUGACGUACUUCCCGGAGGAGGUGGUGGAGCACAUCUUCAGCUUCCUGCCGGCGCAGCGCGACCGCAACACGGUCUCGCUCGUCUGCAAGGUGUGGUACGAGAUCGAGAGGCUGAGCCGCCGCGGCGUCUUCGUGGGCAACUGCUACGCCGUGCGCGCCGGCCGCGUCGCCGCGCGGUUCCCCAACGUGCGGGCGCUCACGGUGAAGGGGAAGCCCCACUUCGCCGACUUCAACCUCGUGCCCCCCGACUGGGGCGGCUACGCGGGGCCGUGGAUCGAGGCGGCCGCGAGGGGAUGCCACGGCCUGGAGGAGCUCAGGAUGAAGCGGAUGGUGGUGUCCGACGAGAGCCUCGAGCUGCUGGCUCGCUCGUUCCCGCGGUUCAGGGCUCUUGUUCUUAUCAGCUGCGAGGGGUUCAGCACUGACGGGCUAGCCGCCGUCGCGAGCCAUUGCAAGCUUCUGAGGGAGUUGGAUUUGCAGGAAAAUGAAGUGGAGGAUCGAGGGCCUAGGUGGCUUUCCUGCUUCCCUGAUUCCUGCACAUCACUUGUCUCAUUGAAUUUUGCCUGCAUCAAAGGGGAGGUUAAUGCUGGUUCACUGGAGAGACUUGUUAGCAGGUCCCCAAACCUGCGGAGUUUGAGGCUGAAUCGAUCUGUAUCGGUAGAUACACUUGCAAAGAUACUACUGCGUACCCCUAACUUGGAGGAUUUGGGGACAGGGAAUUUGACAGAUGACUUCCAAACUGAGUCCUACUUUAAGCUUACCAGUGCUCUGGAGAAAUGCAAGAUGUUGAGGAGUUUGUCUGGAUUCUGGGAUGCUUCUCCUGUUUGCCUGUCAUUUAUCUACCCCCUGUGUGCUCAACUGACAGGAUUGAACUUGAGCUAUGCCCCCACACUUGAUGCUUCUGACCUUACAAAAAUGAUUAGCCGCUGUGUGAAGCUCCAACGCCUUUGGGUACUGGAUUGUAUCUCGGACAAAGGCUUGCAAGUGGUGGCCUCCAGUUGCAAAGACUUGCAAGAACUCAGGGUAUUUCCAUCAGAUUUCUACGUAGCUGGUUAUUCUGCAGUGACAGAGGAGGGACUUGUUGCAGUAUCCUUGGGCUGUCCAAAACUGAACUCACUACUGUACUUCUGUCACCAAAUGACUAAUGCUGCACUAGUUACUGUCGCCAAGAACUGUCCAAAUUUCACACGAUUCAGACUUUGUAUUCUUGAGCCAGGGAAGCCUGAUGUUGUGACAAGCCAACCAUUAGAUGAAGGCUUUGGAGCUAUUGUUCGUGAGUGCAAGGGAUUACAACGUUUGUCAAUAUCUGGUCUUCUCACAGACAAAGUUUUCAUGUAUAUUGGGAAAUAUGCAAAACAACUUGAGAUGCUUUCUAUAGCAUUUGCUGGUGACAGUGAUAAGGGUAUGAUGCAUGUUAUGAAUGGAUGCAAGAAUUUAAGGAAACUGGAGAUAAGAGAUAGCCCGUUUGGUGAUGCUGCACUCUUGGGGAAUUUUGCUAGGUACGAGACAAUGCGAUCCCUUUGGAUGUCAUCUUGCAAUGUCACGUUAAAGGGGUGCCAAGUCCUUGCGUCAAAGAUGCCGAUGCUCAAUGUUGAGGUCAUAAAUGAGCGGGAUGGUAGCAAUGAAAUGGAGGAAAACCAUGGAGAUCUGCCUAAAGUGGAGAAAUUAUAUGUGUACCGCACAACUGCUGGGGCGAGGGAUGAUGCACCAAAUUUUGUUAAAAUCCUAUAGAGCUAGCUGAGAGUAGCAAGGAAUCCUCUUAUUCCAUAAGAUGGUCGGCGGAAUCUGGGAGGAGGCCGGGGCCGCGGCAACAGUGGUAAGCUCUUCAAGUGUCUCCUCCUCUCCUUUGCAGGGACAGGAAAAACCACGUUGGUGUGCCUCCCUUAUCUCGGAGCAUCUGGCCUGGGAUCAUCAUCCAUCAUCCCCCCGUUUCGCCUUUUAGCCCGUUUGGUCAUACCGACGAGGCCCUUAUCCUGUUGUGCAAUUCUGAGCAAGCUCAGGACCACCACCAAUCCAUCAUGUUAGCUCGACCUUUUCUCUCUUCUUCCCUUUAUUAUUUUUUCUUCUUUUUUUACCUUGUGUAAUAUGUAGAACCCACUUCCAUUUGCUUUUGACAUUUGCCACAGCGGAUUGUGCUGCUGCUGGUUGUAAUGCUUGUUUUCAAGCCUCCUGACCGGGACGUUUCGGGGACGAUGAUUAGUUUCCUUCUCUUUGCUCCUGUGAAUGCAGUCAGUGCCUGGAAUAAUUUCUGCUUCAUCUUCCA